AUUCCGGGAUUCUGGGAUCCCGGCUCUCUCCCACACCGUGGGUCUCUGCAGUGGGACCGGGAAGGCGGCGGAACGCUGCUGUCGGGCACGGGGGACGCUGUUCCGGCGCACGACCGGCGCCGUUACCGGGUGGCGCAGCUGGCGCUGUCAGUCGCGGCCCAAGAUGGCGGCGGCCGGGCGCGGAUGGAGGCGCUGGUGACCGUGCGGAGACUCGCCGCCGUCUGUACCAUGGGCGCCAAUGCCUCUGCUUUGGAGAAAGAGAUUGGUCCUGAGCAGUUCCCUGUGAAUGAGCAUUAUUUUGGCUUGGUCAAUUUUGGCAACACCUGCUACUGCAACUCAGUCUUACAGGCACUUUAUUUUUGUCGUCCAUUUCGGGAAAAAGUGUUGGCAUACAAAGUGCAGCCUCGGAAGAAGGAAAGCCUCCUGACCUGCCUCUCUGAUCUCUUCAACAGUAUUGCCACCCAAAAGAAGAAGGUGGGGGUCAUCCCACCCAAGAAAUUCAUUUCCCGGCUGAGGAAAGAAAAUGAAUUAUUUGACAAUUAUAUGCAGCAGGAUGCACAUGAAUUCCUAAACUACCUACUCAACACUAUUGCUGACUUACUCCAAGAGGAGAAGAAGCAGGAGAAGCAGAACGGGAAACUGCAGAAUGGCAGCAUUGAGAGCGAGGAGGGGGACAAGGCUGAUCUGACGUGGGUCCAUGAAAUCUUCCAAGGAACACUAACCAAUGAAACCAGAUGUCUGAACUGUGAGGCUGUUAGUAGCAAAGAUGAGGACUUUCUGGAUCUCUCGGUUGAUGUGGAACAAAAUACAUCAAUUACACAUUGUCUAAGGGGAUUUAGUAACACUGAGACUCUCUGCAGUGAAUAUAAAUACUAUUGUGAGCAGUGCCGCAGCAAACAGGAGGCACAGAAGAGGAGCUCCCUCCUGGUGAAGCUGCUGUGGAGCCCAGCUCUGUGGCAGGUCCCUGCUAACUCCCUGUGCUCUGUUGGCCACGCUGUGGUGGUGCAGGAUGAGGGUGAAGAAGCUGCCCAUGAUCCUGGCUCUGCACCUGAAGAGGUUCAAGUACAUGGACCAGCUGCACCGCUACACCAAGCUGUCCUACCGCGUGGUGUUCCCCCUGGAGCUGCGGCUCUUCAACACCUCGGGGGACGCCACCAACCCCGACAGGAUGUACGACCUGGUGGCCGUGGUGGUGCACUGUGGCAGUGGCCCAAACCGUGGACAUUACAUCACCAUUGUGAAGAGCCAUGGCUUCUGGCUGCUCUUUGAUGAUGACAUUGUAGAGAAAAUUGAUGCCCAGGCCAUUGAAGAAUUCUAUGGGUUAACAUCAGACAUUUCCAAAAACUCAGAGUCUGGAUACAUCCUCUUCUACCAGUCACGAGACUGAGGCAAAAGGAACACGUGUCCAAGAAACAAAGGGAUCAAGAUAUGUCCAAAUGGAACAUAUUUGUGAGGGCAGGAGCAGUUCCUCGUUGUUGCUGUAGGGCCAGGACAGAGCCAGCAGGAGGAGGAAGGUCCCUCCCUGCCCUUUUUGGAGGAUUAGUGCUGACUGCCAUCACAAGAAGAGCUUUGUUCCAGUUUCCUUCCUGGGCUUUUUUCACGUGCUAUCUUCCAAAAUCCAUGUUACCUCUACUUGAAACCUGGCUGCUUGUUUGUCUAUGAAUGGAAGAAGAGAUUUAAAAGUAGCAUUGUAGAAUACUGACCAUUUAAUGUUGGCCUGAGGCUGUACCUUGGUUUCUGCCAUCAUGGUUUUUCUGUAUUUUAGCAGAACGAUUUCAAUAUUCAGUGUCAGCUGAAGGCAUAUUUUAGGAUAUGAACAGCAGCUGGUUGCUGGAUAUUUUUGGUGACUCAGACUUGAGAAGCAGUACAAAGCUAAGACAUACUGGAAAUGUCAAGUCUGUCAUUUUUAUAAAGCAAAGCAGACAAACCCCUCUCUCUGCAGCAUUGUCAGCCUCCCGUUCUGCACUGUGUUGGGUUCAGAGAACACUAACAGCACUGCGCCUUUUGUAUCCUGAUUUGUACUCUCCUGUCUCUUCUGCAGAAGGGAGAGAGCUGUGUUCACCUCAGCCUUUGCUGUGUGUUGCUUUGGAAGCAGCAGUUUUGCCUCAAAGCCCUGACUCCAGGGGAGCAGAGCAGGUCCCUUUCGAGGAACAUCUCUUGCUGUAGGAAGUUGAAGUUCCAGCAUUUCUUGGAGCUGUUGCAUAAACCAAAAGUGCCCUCAUUCUGAACCAGAAUCUGUUCCACAUUUCAGUCAAUUCCAAGCAAACUGGUGCAUUUUGAAUCUAUGCUAAUCCACAGAAACAGCACUAAUUGGGAAGGGUUAACCAAGGGAAGCAGCAUUUAUGGAACUAAUCCAAGUGUUCUUAGGCUUCAAGGGGAUGAACAGGUAAGAAGGAAAACCAACCCACCAACCCAGACAUUGCCUUGUAAGUGUUCCUUGUCAUUUGUUGGUAAUCUGGGAAUCAUAACACCCCCUAAAAAUGCUUCUGAUUGUUUUACCUCUCUAGGCCUUGCUUAACAGGAGGAAUUGCUGGUCUUUGGAAGACUGAAACAAGCAAUUCCCCAUCAUGUGUGUAUAUAUUAUAAUCUCAAGGAUAACUAGAAAGAAAAGACUGAGGAAGUUUGUAAGAAUUCUCAGAAAAUCUGGUGCAAGUUUCUUGUUGAGAAGCCCUGUUGCAGUGCCAAAGCUUGUCACAGCUGGCUCUAAAUACCAGUGGGAAUGAGUGUGUUCCUGACUCCACCUUGCUGGGUGACCCUUGUCCUGUGUGUGUGGCUGUUCCAGCACAGCCCCUCCUCUGUCCUCCAGCGCUUGUUGUUCUUGAGGAUAUUUAACUUAUGCAAUUCUGUGGCUUGUACAGGAUAUUCAGUGUUCUACCAAAACACUGUCCUCAGGAAAGCAGCAUUUCACGUUUCUUGUGGUGACUUCGUGUGUCUGUUCCUUCCUCUCAUGACCACAAAUGUUUAGCAAUUACCAAUUAACUCCUGCCUUCAAACUGCAAAUGAACCCUCACUGUGGUAUUCCAGCUGGCUGCCGCUCUCGUUCUCCUGGCACAUCUCCUCUUCCAGAAGAUAAAAUAGGGACACUGGGUUUUUUAAUUAUUUUUUAUUAUACAGAGUACUGUCAUUUUGAGAGACACAUUCGAUAGCAGCAAACGUCCUUGUCAUCUUGUUCCUAUUGUGUGACAGUUGUUCCUGGCUAAGAGUCUUCUCCCCUUCUCCAUACACAAGCUGUGAGUCCUCUCCUGGUGGUGCCACCAGGAGACUGUCAUCACUAAGUCUUGCAAAAAAAAAAAAAAAAAAAAAAAAGAGAGAGCACUGAGUUAAAAAUAAUCUAAACAGUAAAUACAAAAAUUAAUGUAGUACACUAGACAUGUAUUUUGUAUAUCUGGUGAUACAUUUUUACAAAUGAAAUACCUGACUGAGAGAUAAUAUUGAAAGAUAUAUACUAUAGAUUAAAAACUGUUAAAAGUGCACUUUUGCUACAGAUUUAUAAGGAGACUAAAAGGAGUUAAAUGGGAAGAGAAUGGUGUGAUGUUGCUUCUGUAGAAUAAAUGACCCACCUCUCUCCAAUAAAGGUCAUGUAUGAUCAAAUGCA